CCGUCCUGGCACGCCCUCGCUGCCCGUGACACAGCUCAUCCCAGGAAGCGCACAGCGCCGAGGCCCCGCGUUUCGCCGCCAGCCCCGGAGGUGGCCAGGGGUGGUGGGGAGCAUCGCUGCAGCCAGGCACCAUGGGGAAGUCGUGGCUUUGGCUCGUUGCUCUCGCGGGACUCUUCGGCCCUUCUGCCCCGCAAGAAAAAGUGACUGCCAGGAUCGAGGCUCACCCGCCAGCGCCCACUGAGUACCAUCCCCUGACGUUGACCUGUGAGGUCUCUGGGGACCCCGGUCCCCAGCAGUUCCUGUGGGAGAAGCAAGGAAGCCAGGAGCCCCUGCAGAAAGGACCAGACAACACCCUCUUCUUCCCCUCCUUCAACAAGACCCACUACGGCACCUACACCUGCACGGCCACCGGCUCCCAGGGCUGCGUCGUGGCCACCUACGACCUGUGGAUAAAUGACCUCAUCAACAGCGUGUUCGUGUUUCCUCAAGAGACCAAGGACGCCUACGUGCUGGUUAAGGCAACGCCAGAGCAACCGCUGCAGAACUUCACCGUGUGCCUGAGGUCCUACACAGACCUCACCCGGCCCUACAGCCUCUUCUCCUACGCCACCGAGGCGCAGGACAACGAAAUCCUCCUCGCCAAACACAAGCCUGGGGAGUACCGGCUGUACGUGGGGGGCAAGUUCGUGUCCUUCCGCAUCCCCAAGGGGUCCCAAAUGGGAAGCGAGCACAUCUGCACCAGCUGGGAGUCCACCACGGGCAUCGUGGGCUUUUGGUUCAACGGGAAGCCCUGGCCCCGCAAGGGGCUGCAGAAAGGCUACACCGUGAGCCACAAGGCCGUGAUCCUGCUGGGGCAGCAGCAGGGCUCCUACGAGGCUGGGAUCGACGCCAAGCGGUCCUUCACAGGGGAGAUCUCGGAUGUGUACAUGUGGGAUGUGGGGAUCUCAACCCAAGAGGUGGCAUCAAUCCUGUACAACUUGCCCGUGGAAGCCCCCAUCUUUGGCUGGAGAAACUUUCCCUACAAGAUCGAGGGAGAAGUGUAUCUGAAGCCCUAACACAGCCCCAGCCCAGCCUGGAGCCACAGAGAGAGCACAGGGCUGUCUGUCACUUCUACGCUCUUGCUAAUAGGGGCUGGCAACCUUUAGGGAAGCUGUGAUUGCCAUGCAGCCAUGCUGAUGUCCCCCCCUUCCCCAUCUGCAGUUUGUAAGCCUCCAUUGGCCACACGGCAUCAAAUUAACUAAGAAAUGGGUUUGAAAAGCA